AUGCGUUUGGAAAACAAUUUAUAUGUCAAUGACGCGUGCCUGGAGAAGCUUAUCUCGUCUUGCCCCGUUCUUGAAGAUUUGAGCUUUGUUAAAAGAUAUGAAGAUGACAAUGUAAAGGUUAUACGAGUGCACUCUCUGACGUUAACUAGUCUCAGUAUAAAGGCCAAUCACAGAUUAGAUUAUGAAAACGCAGGUUUUAUUAUUGAUGCCCCUAGACUCAAGCAUUUGAAUAUCAAAGAUGCUACAUCUAAGAACAAAACCAUAAUCAAUUUGGGUUCCUUAACCAAUGUCAGCUUUCUUGUCAAAAUGUUUCCGAGGUAUAAUAUUGCUGAUUAUGAUGAAGUCGACUUCCUAAUGUUCCGUAACUUUUUUACAAGCAUCUCAGGACUUAGGGAUAUGAAGAUCUCUUGGGACGCUUUGGAGUUCAUCGACAAAUUCACACCAUUGCCACAAUUUUGCAACCUGUCCAGUUUGGAGAUAGAGAUUUUUUGGCUCUUCCCGAAAGAGCUGCCAAGGUUUCUUGAAAGUUGUCCCAAUCUAAGAUCCUUAAUCUUGGAUUUUAAUGAUUCUUGGGUGAUGGAAUAUACAAAACUCACGACCGUGCCUCGCUGUUUGAUGUCAUCGCUCGAGUUCGUAGCCAUAAAAGACGAGACCAAAUUUGUGAUAGACACCGUUAUCGAAUUAGCAAGCUACUUUGCAGAGAACGCAGCAAUCCUCAAGAAACUUGUUCUACAUCUAGGAGGAGGUUCUACGAAUGAAAAACAUUCCAAGAGCUUAAACAAUCUCAUGGCAUCGCCGAGGCGAUCUAGCACGUGUCAAAUUGUAGUUUGUUAA